AUGUCGGGUGAAGCACACGCAGGCCCCGGUUUGGGGGACCUCGAAAACGAACUCACUUGCUCGAUCUGUACGGAACUGCUGUACCAACCUCUCACUCUCCUCGACUGCCUUCACACCUUCUGUGGUUCAUGUCUGAAAGAAUGGUUCUUCGUUCAAGGUACCCGACGCCGGUCAUCUAGAUCCGUCCCGAAAUUCACCUGUCCGUCAUGUCGCGCCGCCGUUCGUGAAACCCGGCCCAACGCCACUGUGACUACGCUGCUGGAUAUAGUUCUGGCGUCGAAUCCUAGCCAGGAGAAGUCUGCGAGGGAGAAGGAGGAAAUUGCGCAGAAGUAUAAACCGGGGGAUUCGGUGUUUCCUAGGGAUGAUACGGAGGAGGACGAUGAGGAGGAUGGACGAGUGUUGGAUGAGGUGCGGCAGCUGAGUCUUCAGGAAGGGCGGUCACGGACGAGAGAACAACGUCAUCGGGCGCCGCAGUCGUCAAGAGCUCGUCGUGCGGAGCGGUCAGAUCCCGAUUCGCGAAGGGAUGAUGGUCGUUCGCGGCGGCGGCGGGAUGAUGAUCGGUCAACACGGCGACAGGCUCAUGAGCGCGCGGCUCGACAAACAGCAGAAGCAGCAGAGCACUCUAGACGGAUUGAGCACCAGUCUAGUCUGAGGUCUCUACUAAGUCUAUCGGAUGCUGAGACUAUGGAGGAAGAGAUCCUGCGACAGAUAUUGGAGGAGGGAUUGCUGGACGAUAUUGAUCUGGAUAACCUUGGGCCCGGGCAGGAGGAGGAGCUGAGCGAGCGUAUUGCCGACGCAUAUCGUCGGAGACACAGACUACGCUCUCGCUCACGACAGCGACAAGAGAGGGAAGCAUCGCAGUCGUCCGGCCGUCCUCGUGCUAGGUCGCAUUCAGUACAACGGCCUACAACUGGACCACCACCGCGCGACUCCUCGAGAGGCCCUCCAGUGUCCAGGCCAUACUUGCUUGAUCCUCUUGUUACUCGCCCAGGGCCGUCGACCCACCAGAGAGGUGCGUCUGAACAAGGGAGCGGUCGUCGCAGAACGUCGCCUAGUUCCGCUCAUCCAGCAUCUUCGUCCGAGGCGAAUUUACGACCAGCUUCAAGAUCGUCCAGUGACAUGACAUCCGAACGACCCCGUGCAUCCCAGGUGUCCACGAGGACGCCAGAGCCGUCGACAAGAAGAAGACGCGCAACGGAGUCUGGACGAGGGUCACCACAUGUAUGGACUCAAGGGACCAGAGAACGUGGUUCUUCAGUAACUCGUUUGACGAACUCGCCCACGGUUGCAUCUCCACUAUCAAACGCACCACAGACUCCUUCCCAGUCCGCUGUAUCUGUGGCUUCUCAUGUCAAUGGGUCAGUAAACCACAGUCGCCCCAGAGCGUCCUCCCGAUCGAAUGCUGCUCCGCCCUUUUACGUUGAGCCUUCGAUUAUUUGUAAUGGAUGCGGGAAACCGGACAUCCAAUAUGAACUCCACAAAACUUGUACUAAGUGCAAUGACGGAGACUACCACCUCUGUCUCCGCUGCUAUCGCACGGGCCGAGGCUGCCAAAACUGGGCCGGGUUUAGCCUAUCAGCACAAACCAACUUCGAAAGAAUCCUUGCAAUGUCCAACAACGAGCCAAUUCCGGAAAUCGAAACUCCCCACAUUUUUACAUCGUCAAAAUACCAGCGCUCCUCUUCAAGACUCCGUCGGGCCACAAAUUCUGACGACAGACAAAUAGCUAGCGACGAUCCCGCGCACAGACUACAAACCGGCCUUUUCUGCAGCAUCUGCAACUCAGAAGCCAACGAAACCUUCUGGAAAUGCGACGAAUGUAACGAAGGAGACUGGGGCUUUUGCAAUACAUGCGUUAACCAAGGAAAAUGCUGCACCCACGCCCUUCUACCAAUAUGUCGCAUCUCCGAUACAGGAACCUCGGAUGAAACCUUUAAAAUCCUUUCCUUCGCCACAAACUGCGACAUCUGUACACACCCCAUCCCAGCCUCGACCACCCGCUUCCACUGCCUCAUCUGCAACGACGGCGACUACGACAUCUGCGCAAACUGCUACCUGAAACUCGGUGUGACGGGCAAAAUUAGUAAAGACAAUUGCCAUAAUGGCUGGCGAAGAUGUGUCAAGGGUCAUCGGAUGGUUGUUGUAGGCUUUGAAGAGCACGACGAGGGUCAGAGGAGAGUUGUUGUGCGGAAUCUUGUCGGUGGAUGGGCGUUACAGGAUGAACAUGUUAAUCAAGCAUCAGCUUCGUCUGUGUCUUCGGCACACGCAUCUGCGGCUGCUGCUUCUGCUGGAAAUGCCACUCCAAUCCCAGAAGUCGGAACCGGAGACUGGAGCUGGAAAGAAGGCCCCGAACGCCGCAAAAAGGCCUCUCGCACGCGGACACCAUGGACGAACCCCAACGCUCCCGAAAACGCACCCGCACCCCCAUCCCCAUUAACCCCAACACGCCGCUUCCCACCAGACGGCGGUGUGGGCGUCAUCGCCCAAGCGCUGUGGUCAUGGUAUCCUGAGGACGGCGUCGAAGACGAACUGAUGUUUCCGCGGGGCGCGGAGAUCACGGAGGGGGAGAAUAUUAAUGAUGAUUGGUUUUGGGGGUGUUAUGCGGGGAUUACGGGGUUGUUUCCGGGAAGCCAUGUUAGGGUUUUGGGGGAGAUUGUUUAG